GGCUGACUUUCGGGGAGCGCCCCUCGUGUCCGGCCCCCCGACUCCGGCCCCCGGCCCGGGGGUGCUUGGCCGGCGCCCUGCUCACUUUGCCCAGCAAGAGUCCUAAGAUAAAUCCAUCAGAAUGACGCCUUCUCAGGUUACCUUUGAAAUAAGAGGAUCUCUCUUACCAGGAGAAGUUUUUGCAAUAUGUGGAAGCUGUGAUGUGUUGGGAAACUGGAAUCCGCAAAAUGCUGUGGCUCUUCUGGACAGUGAGACAGGUAACAGCAUGCUAUGGAAAGCAACCAUUGCACUCACUAGAGGAAUAUCCAUUCAGUACCGCUACUUCAAAGGGUACUUUUUAGAACCAAAGACUAUCGGUGGUCCAUGUCAAGUCAUAGUUCACAAGUGGGAGACUCAUCUACAACCACGAUCAAUAACCCCUUUAGAAAAUGAAAUUAUUAUUGACGAUGGACAAUUUGGAAUCCACAAUGGUGUUGAAACUCUGGAUUGUGGAUGGCUGACAUGUCAGACAGAAAUAAGAUUACGUUUGCAUUAUUCUGAAAAACCUCCAGUCUCCAUAACCAAGAAAAAAUUUAAAAAAUCUAGAUUUAGGGUAAAGCUUACAUUAGAGGGUCCAGAGGAAGAUGAUGAUGACAGGGUGUCUCCCACUGUUCUUCAUAAAAUGUCCAAUACCCUGGAGAUAGCCUUGAUCAGCGACAAUGAGUUCAAGUGCAGGCAUUCACAGCCGGAGUGUGGGUACGGCUUACAGCCCGAUCGCUGGACCGAGUACAGCAUACAGACUAUGGAACCAGAUAACCUAGAACUAAUCUUUGAUUUCUUUGAGGAGGAUCUCAGUGAACAUGUAGUUCAAGGUGAUGCCUUCCCAGGACAUGUGGGCACAGCAUGCCUCUUAUCAUCCACCAUUGCUGAGAGUGGGCGGAGUGCUGGGAUCCUUACACUUCCCAUCAUGAGUAGGAAUUCCAGGAAAACCAUAGGCAAAGUGCGAGUUGACUUUAUCAUCAUUAAGCCAUUACCGGGAUACAGUUGUGACAUGAAAUCUUCGUUUUCAAAGUACUGGAAGCCAAGAACACCACUGGAUGUUGGACAUCGAGGUGCAGGAAACUCAACAACAACUGCGCAGCUGGCAAAAGUUCAAGAAAAUACUAUUGCUUCUUUAAGAAAUGCUGCUGUUCAUGGCGCAGCUUUUGUAGAAUUUGAUGUCCAUCUUUCAAAAGACUUUGUGCCUGUGGUGUAUCAUGAUCUUACCUGUUGUUUGACCAUGAAAAAGAAAAACUUUAUGCAUAAGCAGGUUUGUACCCAUAAAUUUGAUGCUGAUCCCGUUGAAUUAUUUGAAAUUCCAGUAAAGGAACUAACGUUUGACCAACUCCAAUUGUUAAAGCUUUCUCAUGUGACUGCACUAAAAUCUAAAGAUCGGAAAGAAUCUGUAGUUGAGGGAGAAAAUUCCCUUUCUGAAAACCAGCCAUUUCCUUCUCUUAAAAUGGUUUUAGAGUCUUUGCCAGAAGAUGUGGGGUUUAAUAUAGAAAUAAAGUGGAUCUGCCAACAAAGGGAUGGAAUGUGGGAUGGUAACUUAUCAUCAUAUUUUGACAUGAAUCUGUUUUUGGAUAUAAUUCUAAAAAAUGUUUUAGAAAACUCUGGGAAGAGGAGAAUUGUAUUUUCUUCAUUUGAUGCAGAUAUUUGUACAAUGGUUCGACAAAAGCAGAACAAAUAUCCCAUAUUAUUUUUGACUCAAGGAAAAUCUGAUAUUUACCCUGAACUUAUGGACCUCAGAUGUCGGACCACCCCCAUUGCAAUGAGCUUUGCACAGUUUGAAAAUCUUCUGUUUUUCUUCUUUCAGGGGAUAAAUGCACAUACUGAAGACUUGCUCAGAAACCCAUCCUAUAUUCAGGAGGCAAAAGCUAAGGGCCUCGUCAUAUUCUGCUGGGGUGAUGACACCAAUGAUCCUGAAAACAGAAGGAAACUGAAAGAAUUUGGAGUGAAUGGUCUAAUUUAUGAUAGGAUAUAUGAUUGGAUGCCUGAACAGCCAAAUAUAUUCCAAGUGGAGCAGUUGGAGCGCCUGAAGCAAGAAUUACCAGAGCUGAAGAGCUGCUUGUGUCCCACUGUUAGCCACUUUGCCCCCUCGUCCCUCUGCGGGGAUCCUGACAACCAUGUGGAUGCCAAUGGCAUCGAUAACGUGGAGAGUGCUUAGACUGUUCAGGGCACACACUGCUGUUCUGGGUGUUCACUUUUCAUCAUUGAGCAUUGUUUGUCUCUGCCUUUUGGGUUUCUCAGUCCAAUGAAGCAAUAAUGAAGUAUUUUACUCUUCACUACAGUUCUUGGAAGAAUUUCAAGUAUGCUAUUUAAAUCACUUGGCCAGGUAUAAUUGCCAGUCAGUGUCUGUACAAUGAGAAAACCUGUUGGUUGGUAAAUAUCUUUAAAUAUAUAAGCCUGUAAUGUUAAACCUACAUUAAAAGCAUAGAACUUUGAAAUUAACUAUAUAAAUAUCAUAUUUACACUUAGCUUUCAUUUGAUCAGGUCUCAAAUCUUCUAGCCUUUGCGGAAAAUGACUAUGCAUACUUAUACCUGACCAUGGAGAAGAUAAGUACCUCAAACGCAUGCAUUUGCACUGGUGAUUCCAACUGCACAACCCUUUGUGCCAUCUGUGUAUAUAGGUUUUGGGUUUUUUUUUCUUUUACAUGAAUUGACAUGCACACAAACUGUUUUCAUUCAGUCUGAGCCUGGAGGCUGCUGCCAUUUUUUCACUUAACCAAACCAGCCUGGAGGUGCAUCUUGGAACUUGUUUCAUAAAUCUUUCAAGAGUUGUUUUGCAUAAAUGUUAAAAUUUCAAAAUGCUGCAGGGUAAUUUAAUGUACAAACUAUUAGCAAGAAGUAUGUAUUGCAUUAUUAGAGUAGAUCACAAUAUGUAAAUCCAGUUCAAUGCAUGCGUUAGGUUUUAAGCAUGAGAUUGUACACCUUACUGUGUAGUCCUUGUAUCUGGUGCUAGGUGAGCGUAAGAUGAUGGCAAGGACUAACAGUAUUUUGUUGCCUAAAAAAAAAACUGUUUAUAGGCAUUUAAAAUAUGCUUACUUAGUGUCUCUCGCUACGUAUUAUACAUCAUUGCUUUGUGGUGUGUUUUGUGUGUGUGUGUGUUGUACAGUAGUUAAAUCUCCAUGCAAAAAAAUAAAUGUUCUGAAUUCUCAUGUUGGUAUUCUUUAUUGGUUAAUAUAUAUCAUGUGUGUAAUUUAUUUAGGAAUGUAGAAGAUCUUACUAAAUGUAUAUGCAUGGUUUUAGGAUUAUGCUAAGGUUUCAUUAGAAGCAGAUUUUAUUGAUAUAACUAAUUUAAGAAUGAAUGUUAAAAAAAUUGAUAUAUUUUCUUCAUGAUAAAAUAGAAUUUCAAGACGGUGUUACUUUUGUAGAAUGGUUUUAUAAUGUUGUUAUGAGAAAUUGAACUUUAGUGUUGACCCGAAGGGGACUACCUUACUUGCGUCUACCUUUUCCUGUGUAUUCUUCCUGCGGCAGUUUGUUCAUGUAUUGUCAUACUUUGGUAGCAGCUAAGACUCCAAGACUUGAAAUUACAUGUUGUAUCUUUCAUUUUUAAGCUAAGCAAUGCAAUUUGGGUCAGAUCUUAAUUGUGCGAAGAUAGGGUCUGAAAUCUUAUGGUGUUUGUAACACUGAUGUUUAGGGAAAAAUAGUCAAAGAAAUGGGGUCUUCUAUAAGUUUUCUAUACUUUUCCCACAUUGGAUGAGAUUUUUAACAUUUUGAUGCAAAUUGGGCACUUUUAGGAAACUGAAAAAGACUGUUCUUAGUCUGCAGACACAGCACAUUCCCUGUGGUAACCUGAUCAACUAUGUCUGUGCAUUUCCAGUUCUGUUUCUGCCUGGUCCCCGCUUCCACUCCCAGCUCCAUUAUGAGAACUCACAGGCAGAGGGAAGCAGGUCCUAAGGGAAAGGGGACAGACAGUGAGGAAGGGAGGCGGUGGGUGGGUGAGCUUCCUAAGUCUGCUGAGCAGGGCCUCCAGUAACUGCUUUGGUGGCUGCCAGCCCCUGGGUGCCUGCUUGCUUUCCUGUCCCUCCCUCACUUAACACCAGUGUAGUGGAGGAUUCAAGCCAUUUAAGUGAGGGUAAGUCUGGGUGUGUGUCAUUAGCUCCCCCUUGACACUCACACUGCCUUCUGUGCCUGCUGCCUGGAAGCCUUGGCCGCCCCACUCACUGUCCCUGGGAGCCGCCCUGUGUCCUCCAGCCUUUGCCAAAACUCCCUCAGAUGGGCGGCUCCAUGUUUCUACCCAUGACAGCCUGACACGUGCGGGGCACACCGUGCCUCUCAGUACCGCUCAGCUGUGUGGGGUCUGUCACCUACCAGGCUGCGGCUCUUCAUGCCAGAGACCUCAGCUGACUCACUUUGACUCAUUUCCACUGUUUGGAGCAGAGUAGAAAAGGAACGCUGGAAUCACUGGGAUAAUAGAGUUGGUAGCAAAUGUCCUCCAGAAUUAAGUGACUUUGUUACAUGAACUCUGAAUUUUUACUUGGAGCUGAUCUACGGUUUGAGGAGUGGGAUGGUUUGUUGGUGUCCAUUUUGAAUUGUACAGCUGUGAUUUUAAAUUUGUACUGUCUAGAAAGAGUGAAACAUUGGGUAAAAUACCACUGUUGGUCUGGAAUUGUGUACUGUGGCUGCUGGAUGUGGGCGUGAGGCCCACCUCUCACCCCUGUGUGGGUGCUGUCCGAGGGCCACCGUGGCUGGCUUCCUGCCAUCUGCUUACCUCGCUCCAGUGUUCAUGUAACACCCGUCUCCUCUCCCCUCCAACGCCCACGCAUCCGCCUACCUCAGUGCUGCUUUUCUUGUCUGAAAAGCCUCUGCCUUCUGUCCGUGUCCUGCUCGCUCGGUGCCACCUCCUUGGUAAAACUUGCCUCUGCUUCUGAUCUAAUCGUGAUAACCAUUGCAGAUGGUCUCUAAAUCACCACUUCUCCAGCUGGGGCAAUAAAUUCAGAGCGGUCAUCCCGCUUACGAGGUCGGAACAUGACCCUAGUCCAUCUCACUAUGCUGCCUUUGCAGUCUUGUGGCACUUGUUGGCAUGAGCUUUCUUAUGGCCCCUCCUUCUCUGUAACAGGUUAUUUCUCUACGAAGAUUGUGAGCCCCGUCAGGGCAGGCGCUGCUUUGCAUUCUAACACUGCUCUAGUGCUCUGUCCUUAACUGUGGACUAGAUAAAUAAACAGUGGUGGUAACAA